GCGACACAUUUGCGCAAGAAAGCACGCAAUAAACAAAGUAAUUUCUCGUACUUGUUGGUGUUUACAUCAUUUCGGUUUUCGUUGUCAAUAUUGGCAGCUUCCAUCAACAACAAUUGCAAAAACUAUUGUAUAAGGUUAUUGACUUUAUUUCGUAGUUAAAUGAGACACAUAGAAAUUAGAAAUGCAAUUAUUUAUAUAUAGAGUGGUGCUGAAUUGAUUUUUGAGUGCUAGUUAAUUCCAAGCAUGUGCGCGAUGGUGAACAAAAUAUCCAUAUGUGGCCAACAAAAAACUGUAAGUUUUAUUGAGUCAUGAAAGCAGUCGACGUCGCUCACCGGCUACUGCCUGGUAUUAAAUGGUUACACGGUUAUUCGGCACCAGAUGCUAUAGCCGAUCUGAUUGCGGGCAUUACUGUAGGCUUAACAGUAUUGCCACAGGGUCUUGCUUAUGCGACAUUGGCGGGACUUGAACCACAAUAUGGUCUCUACUCCGCAUUCGUUGGUGGCAUCGUGUAUGCCUUAUUGGGCAGCUGUCGUCAAGUUACCAUCGGUCCAACAGCGCUAUUGGCGCUCAUGACUAGCCGUCACACAGGUUUCGGCUUGAACUCUGGUCCAACCUACGCGAUAUUAUUAUGUUUGAUCUCCGGACUUGUGGAGUUUCUGAUGGCUGUGCUGCGCUUAGGUGCGCUUGUGGACCUAAUUUCACUGCCAGUAACUGUGGGUUUCACCUCAGCGACGGCGGUCAUCAUCGGCACUUCGCAGUUGAAAGGUCUGCUUGGUAUCCGUGGCGGCGGCGGCGGUUCCGGUUUUAUGAAAACUAUGGAAUCGGUUUUUACGAAUUUAGACAAAAUACGUUAUGGUGAUUUUACUUUGGGAAUUGUUACUAUCACCAUUUUGCUUUUGCUGCGGAAACUAAAGGAUGUCAAAAUACCCGGUCGUCGCAUCUUGAGCGGCACACUUUGGGUCAUUGCAACCGGCCGCAAUGCGCUCGUUGUGCUCAUCGCCAGUAUCUUAGCUUACAAUACAUGUGAUACACAGGAGUCGUGUCCGUUCGCGUUGACGGGUAAAGUGAAAAGCGGUUUUCCAGAUAUCGAAUUUCCAAAAUUCCAUACAACAAUACAGGCACCGAAUGGCACUGCAAUUGAACAGAACUAUAAGGAUAUGUUGAAGGAGCUUGGUCCCUCCAUGAUUAUACUGCCAGUAAUUGCCGUGCUGGGCAACGUCGCCAUCUCGAAGGCAUUCAGCAGUGCAGGUAUAAGUCCAACACGCGAAUUGGUGGCGCUCUCACUCAGCAAUGUGAUCGGUUCGUUCUUCUCUUCAAUGCCCGUGACUGGUUCCUUUUCGCGCAGCGCUGUGAACCAUGCGAGUGGUGUGCGUACACCCAUUGGCGGUUUUUAUACUAGCGCUUUGGUAUUGCUGGCGCUCGGUUUGCUCGCGCCCUAUUUUCAGUACAUACCAAAGGCGGCGCUGAGCGCAGUCAUCAUAUCGGCGGUAAUAUUUAUGAUUGAAUUUGAGGUCGUCAAACCACUUUGGCGCUGCAGUCGUCGCGAAUUACUGCCUGGCGCUAUAACAUUCGUUGUCAGUCUCGCUAUCGGCGUAGAGCUCGGUUUGCUGUUGGGCGUGGGUGUAGAUGUGGCGUACCUGGUGUACCGUGCCGCACGUCCGGCGCUCAGCGUCUCCAAAUUGAGGACCACCAAUGGCACAGAGUACAUACUUAUGCGCCCUAUACACAGUUCACUCUACUUCCCGGCAAUUGAAUGGGUGCGCACUGGCAUAUCGAAGGCUGUAGUCAUGCACGGUACUGCGCCUGUGGUCCUGGAUUGCUCCAAUAUGCAUGAACUCGAUUUUACAGCAGCACGUGGCAUGGGCGCUUUGAAUAAAGAGUUAGCUAGCAAAUUUGUGCCAUUCUUUUUGUUAAAGGCGUCUAAAGAGAUCUGUAUUAUACUAAAAGAAUCGACAAAUUGCGAUUUUUCAACUAUAGAAACUACAGAUGAUUUGGAAUAUAUACUAGAAAAUACGGCAUCGAUCGACGAUCAUCGCUUGCAAGUUACCAUUCCGCUAAUUUCAGCACAAACUAAAGUAAAUUGUGGUGAUUCCACGGCGAUUGAUGGCGGUGGCGCUGGCGGACAUGUGUAGAUUUAUAAACAACAUGUAGAUUUUUUAAAAAUUUAGAUUUUUUAAUGCAAUGAAGCUGAAUUUAUCUAAUAUUUUGAGAAAUGUUUCUGAUUGGUUUCUUUGCAAUGUUUGGCUAAUGCUGUUCUAAGUAUUUUUACAUUCAUGUACAUUUGUGUUUUGUACAAAAAUGUAGUUGUUCUUAGCAAUAUUAAUAUAACUGUAUCUUUUUAAGAAGCUAAAUUUUCUGAAGUUGAAAAAAGUUUGUAAAGUCUACUUAUCACUUUAUACGGUUAAUAGUGGAAAUUACGUGGCGGCUCAAUUGAAAAUGGAUUUGUAGAAAUUUAGAAGAGCAAGUAUUGCUUACAAUAUUUAUUUGAAAAUCAAUUUCAAUGAAAAUUUAUAAUUUAAGUAUUUAUGUAUAUAAAUUUAUUUUAUUUUUUGUUACAAUUUUUUUUCAAUUUUACAAUUUUAUGCGAAUCCAUUUUCUAUUGUAUUGACAAAAUAUCGUAAUUUUAUAUUUACCGUUGAAAAACUUUGUACACGUUUUCAUAUGGUUUUUGUUCUGUUUUUUACACAUUUCAUCUUUAUAGUUAGGUUAAGUUUUAAGCACAAAUUGGUUAAUGUAAUAAAUAAAUAUUUAUCAUUUUAAAGCAAGUUAA